AUGGCCGCCAAGGUCAAGGGCCCUAGCGAUGAUGAGGGAUCACCGAUACGGAACAUACAGAGUAUAUCUCUUGGCGGCGAUGGCGUUGAUGGUGGCGGAGAAGGGAGAGGGAGGAUUUGGUCGGGCGACGAUAGGGUCGGGAUGGGUCGGGAGACGGGCGAGAAGCCGGCAGGAUGUGGAGAUUUACGUGGGACUGCCAUCUUUGUUAUGGUGGGCGUGUCUCCUUGCAUGCGCCUGGGCGAUGACAAUAAACCAUACGCACGCAUCCGGGAGUAA